CUGAGAAGCCCCAUUACUGUGAGAUCGUGCAGAGGUAGUGGAUACAGUGCUGGGAAACACAGGGAGGAGCUGCCAGUCAGGCUGCCUGAUUGGAUUAAUGAUGACAAACACAAACAGGAAUCAGAUGACCGAGAGGUUCCUGGAUCUGACCCUGGAGGUCAACUACCUGCUGACUGGAGAGGAUUACAUUGUUGUGAAGAGAUCUGCCGAGCCUACAAUACAGAGAAGCAGUCCCUGUGUGUUUAGAGGAUCCUGCAAGACCCAGAGCUCCAGCCCGGUGUGUCCACCUCACUCACUGAUACAUGAGGGAAACAAUGAGCAGAACAUCCUGGAACUGACCAAUCAGAUCAUCCACCUGCUGACUGGAGAGGUUUGGAAGCAUUUAAAAGGGCAAAAGGAAACUUACAAGGAAGUGAUGAUGGAGAGUCACCACCCCCUCAUCUCCUUGGAUGGUUCCAUAAACAAAAAUAAAGCCAGUGAAUUUUACACUUCAGUUUCUUCUCCAAAUUAUAUAACAAAAGAUAAUAAAUGUAAAAUGAAUCAAAAAAUUAACUGUGCGGCAGUCAGUACACCAAGCAGUAAAUCGAGUCAUAAAACCACAGAAUCCGAGGAAGUAAAUCUCCGAGACAUUAAUACGCCCAUAGAACAUAUACAGACUGAAGAUCCAUCUACUCAUAUUAAGGAGGAAUCAGACUCGUAUGAGGAAGGGAAUCUCCCAGACACAGACAUUUAUACACCCACAGAAGAAAACCAAAUAGAAUAUUUAUCUAUUCAAAUUAAGGAAGAAUCCACUUCUUGGGAAGAAAUAAAUCUGGUUGAAUCUGCUCUUUAUACUACCAAGGUAGGUAUACAUACCGACUAUACAUCGAAGUGUGAAUCGGCAUCAAAUGAAAAACAUAUUCUGAUAAACACUGAUGUUUAUAGAGGCACAGAGCAUACACAGAGAGAAUAUCUACCUAAUCGUAUUAGGGAAGAAUCAGCCUCACGUGAAGCCAGCACUGUCACCAGCACCAACGUUUAUACACCCACAGGAGAUAAACAGAUGGACUAUACAUCAAAUUAUGAAUUGGCAUCCUACAAAGAAGGAAAUCUGGGAGACGCUGAUAUUUAUACACAGACAGAAUAUCCAUCUACUUUUAUUAAGGAGGAAUCAACGUCAUAUGAAGAUGUAAAUUUUACCAUCUUGGGCCUUCUUACCCCCACUUUUCAUACUGGAAUACAAAACAGAGGGAAUAGUAACUGCUUUGGUGGUACUAAGAUGUCAUCUACCAAUUCGGAGCUUGUUAAGCAUCAGAGUGUUUACAAAGGAAAUACAUUGACCAGUUCAGAUUACAUUGGACAUGAGUGUCAGAAUUCACAUUUUAUCCAACAUGGGAGAGUUAGAGAGAGAACUUUUUGUUGUUCUGAAUGUGGGAAAUGUUUCACUAAAAUGUCACAUCUUAAAAGACAUAUGAUGAUUCACACAGGAGAGAAGCCAUUUUCGUGUUCAGAAUGUGGGAAAUGUUUCAUUCAAAUGACAAGUCUUAAGUUGCAUCAGAGGAUUCACACAGGAGAGAAACCAUUUUCUUGUUCUGAAUGUGGGAAACGCUUCACUCAAAUGUCAGAGCUAAAGACACAUAUGAGGAUUCACACAGGAGAGAAACCAUAUUCAUGUUCAGAAUGUGGGAAAUGUUUUACUGACCAUUCAACUCAUAAGGCUCAUCAGAAGAUUCACACAGGAGAGAGGCCAUUUUCUUGUUCUGAAUGCGGUAAAUGCUUUGCUCGUACAUCAAAUCUUAAGACACAUCUGAGAAUUCACACUGGAGAGAGACCAUUUUCAUGUUCUGAAUGUGGGAAAUGUUUCCCACUUAUGACAAAUCUUAAGAAACAUAUGAUGAGUCACUCACUCAUGACAUAAACCAUUUUCUUGCUCUGAUAAAGGGAAAUGUUUCAUUUCUUUUCAGGUUUUGGUUCAUAUAAGGAAAUCCAUACAAGAAUUCAUUCUUUUGCUCAGAACAUAGAAUAGUUUUUUGUUUUUUUAUAAACCUAAGACUUCUUACAUGUCAGAGGAUUCACACAGGAUAGCAGUUUUUCAGGGUUAUUGAGAAAAGUGAGAAUUGAACUUCCAGAGACAUUGUAUGCACUAUACCCAUUUAUUCUGAUUGAAUUGGUUAGUAUCUGGAGUUCCCUGGCAAACUCUCUCCAUUCAGUGUAUCAGAAAAAAGUUUUUGAACAGUUUUACACUAGCAAAUAAUCCCUGGCAACCCGCAGCCCAGCCUUCACUAUAGUUAUGGCUGCUGCAGAGAUUGCACACUUCCUUCUAGCCAUACCAAUUCAUACCAGCAACGAGCACUGUGAUACGUUGAAAGGAGUCAGCUGACACACUCAGCCAAUUACAUUGCUGCUGAGGCUAAUGACUGCAGGCUGCCAGGGACUGUUUGAAAAUGGUUUAACACUGAAUGGAAGGAUGGUACUAGGGCACGCCAGACACUAUAACCCCUUCAAUGAGAUAAAGCAGUUAUAGUUCCUAUAGUAUCACUGUAAAUUCAAAGCAGCUGGACUGGAAAAAAAAAUUAAGUCCGCUAUACUUUUAGUUUGAUUGCUCUGGCCUUAAAUUUGAAAUUCACUUUGAAUUCUCCCUUUAGAAAAUAACCAUCUGUGUGUUCUUGAAUGUAUAGGAAGCCAAUGUGAAAAUGAAAAUAUUACCAAACUCUUAACAAAUAGAAACUAAUUAUCUUUACAUUUUUGGAAGUUACCAGUUAUGAUGAUUCAAAAAUGUUAGU